GUCAUGCAUCCAUGCCCGCCAUCAACACACAUUUCAUUCCUCCUUUUCCCUCUCCUUUCUGAAUCUCUUGAUCGACGGUUUAUAUUCGUUUUCACGAAAGUAGGAGAGCAUCUGGCCCGUCGGAUCUCGAGGGUUAGACUCAAUGCUCCCUUUUUAACUUUUACUCUUUGCUCACUCUCACUAUUCAGUCUGCUCGUUUUUUCUCAAUCUCAAGUCGGAGAUCAUUGUCUCUGGCGAUCGGAAAACCGCUUUAAAGUGGUUUUUCUUCAAGCGGAAACCGCUCAGGAAGCUGAUCUGGAGGAUAGACUGUUGGGAUUAUCAGAUCUGAAGCGGUUUUUGGCGCUUGAAAGGUUCGGUUGGUGUCUUGGUGUACCAUUCUAUUUAUUGUUAAAAUUAUUUUUGGCUAUUGAAUUGGAGAAAUUUGUAGUCGGGUACAUCUGCAAUGGCUGAUGGCGAUAAAGUCGAGAAGUCUAAUGACAAGGUGGAUACAGCAAUGAAACCAAUUCCGCAUGCCAAUUUGGGCAAGAAAGAUCAGGCUCCUAGAAAAGAUGGAAGCCUAUCUAAUUCAACUUCUUCCAUUACCUCAUCUGGGGAUGCUACUUCUAGCAUCAAAGGUGAGGCUGAUCAAAAGCCUGUUGCAGAUCAAGGUUAUUACCCACCCACCAGCUGUUAUGGUUACUACUAUCCGGGAUAUGAUGGUGCCUACUCUGAGUGGGAUGACCGUGGUUAUUUUAAUGCAGGAGAUGGUUCAGGAAUGACAUACCCAGUAAGUUCUUUAGACAUUAAUUAUUUGAAGGGUGUGCAAUCAGAUAGCAACUCGCUUGUUUACUAUGUGCCUGGCUAUAAUCCAUAUGCUUCAGGAAGUUUGAUGGGUGUUGAAGGUCAAUGUCUUGGUCAACAACCAUACUUUUCUUCAGGAUACCUCCAACCACCAAUAUCAUAUGGGUCAGAAGCUGUGUCACCUUACUCAUGGGAUUCAAUGUCAGUUGGGGAUGCUCCAAAUGGAACUGGUGCUGUACUUGCAGGUCCAAAGCCCACUAGUACCGGUUCAACUCCUACUGCUGCAGUGAAACCGAAAGCCUUGAACUCAAUAAAGACAACUGGUGCUGUUGAUGCAAAAGUUUCUGCAUUUCCAUUGGAUUCAAAAUCAUGCCUACCUACAACCUCAUCUAACUUUUCUAAAUCUGUUCCUCCAAGCCAACCUCUUAAGCCAUUGAAUAAGGUGCCACAGUUGGGGUCUAAUUUUCAGUCAGCAGGGUCUGUGAAAGUAUGUUACCCCAUGAGAAAGUUCUUUCCUUUUUCUAACCAGGGACAAGGAUUCUCUCCACGUAAUGGUCCCAUGAACUGCAGAUCGAAUGGCCGGACCUGGGUUGGCAAUGAUAGGAUGAAAGAUAAGUUUAAUAGGAAUGGAGAAUUUGAAGCCUCUGCUGAGCUAAAUCGUGGACCUAGGACUCACAGAGUUGGUACUCCUAUCCAAACGUCAGAGAAAGAUCAGUUGGGGCUCACUGUCAGCGGAGACCAAUAUAACCUACAAGAUUUUCAGACUGUAUAUGAAAAUGCCAAAUUCUUUGUUAUCAAGUCAUUUAACGAAGAUGACAUUCAUAAGAGCAUCAAGUAUGGUGUGUGGGCAAGUACUCCAAAUGGUAAUAAGAAGCUGGACACAGCAUUCCAUGAGGCCGAGACAUGGUUAAGUGAGACAGGCAACAAGUGUCCAGUCUUCCUGUUCUUUUCUGUAAAUGCAAGUGGGCAGUUUGUAGGUCUAGCUGAAAUGAUUGGACAAGUAGAUUUCAAUAAGGAUAUGGAUUUCUGGCAUUUGGACAAAUGGAGUGGAUUUUUCCCUGUAAAAUGGCACAUAAUAAAGGAUGUUCCCAAUGCACAGUUGCGGCAUAUCAUACUUGAAAAUAAUGAUAACAAGCCUGUAACUAAUAGCAGGGAUACUCAAGAGAUUGGAUUUAAGCAAGGUUUGGAAAUGCUGACUAUUUUUAAGAGCCAUACAGCAAAAACAUCAAUGCUAGAUGAUUUUAACUUUUAUGAUCACCGCGAGACAACUCUUCAGACUAAAAAAAGUAAUAAGCUUGGAACUUCUCUACAGAUGGAAAUAUUUGGGAACAGUGAUCUGCCGCAGAACCAUUUGGAAGCAGUAGAUACUAAAGUCGAACAAGCAUCAAAGAAAGUACAGAAAGCCUCUGAUCCUAAGACAACACUUGUUACACUUGCCAAAAAUCUCUCUCUCAAUUCUCAAUCACCUAAAAAGAAUUCUGUUUAGGCUUCAACCAGAGAAUGAAGUUUUUACCCCUGCCAGCCUGAGGUUGAAACUACCAAUGGUAUCUGGGUUCUAGACUUUUGAAAUGGAUUUUGCCGUCAGAACUGUUGCAUGGUCAAAUGGUUUGGGUGGAAACUGCUCCCUCGCUGCUGUACAAAUACAAUAUCAAGUUCAGUUUUUCCUUCGUUUGUGUUCUUUUUUAAUUUUUGUGUUUUUUAUUUUUCAUUUUUGUUUUGUUUUACCAAGCUGAGUAGAGCUAUUUGUUGAUCAGGUAAUGUACAAGAUUCAAAGUUAGGAUGCAAUUUGUCAAGUGCAAUGUUAUUUCACCUUUUUCUUGGAAUUA